AUGGAUAGGAAGAAAAACAACACUAAUGAUUUUUUCUCUUACGUUCGUUUUGAAGCUAGUGGUGAUUCUGAAGCUGAUAAUAAUUGUGAUGAUUCCAAUAUGAAUAUGGAUUGGGAAAUAGCAAGGCCAUCGGUGGUAUAUGAUGAUGAUGAUAAUGACGAUGCUUUGUCUUGCAGCUACGAUGAAUCUGCAUCUGCAUCUGCUGCUGAUGAUGAACAUGAUGAUCAGUCUUAUGAUGAACAUCAUGAUGAUGAUGAUGAUGAUGAUGAUGAGAGAGAUGUUGUUGGUAAUUAUGGAACAUCAUAUUGUGAAGAAGAUGAUGAUGAAGAUGAUGAUGAGGUGAAUAAUGAUCAACAAUAUUAUGAGAAGAAGAAGAAGAAAUCGUAUGUGUCCAAUUUUGAUUCAGGUGGGAGAGAGUCUAUGGAUGAGAUGGAAAAGAACAGGCUGUUUUGGGAAGCUUGUUUGGCCUCUUGA